UAUUGAUUGCUAAGAAUUGGGGUAAAAAUGAAAGUUGCGUGUUUGGUUGUACUCUUGGCUGCUGUCGCCUGUGCCAGCCCUUCUGGUUUGGCUGAAACCUUAAAAAGCAGAAUUAUUUCUAGACCACCUGUAGAUGUAAGUCCUUUCAUUAUUGGUGGCGAAAAUGCCACUGAAAAUUCUGCUCCCUACUUGGUUUCUUUGAGCAUUUCCUCCAUUGCUUAUGCUCACAGUUGUGCUGGUACUAUCAUUGGCAAAGAAUGGGUUUUGACUGCUGCCCAUUGUGUCCAAGAAAUGAAAGAAUUGGCUGGUGAUGUUGUAGGUUUGCCCGUUUAUGCCGGUUUAACCGACCGCAACAAUUUGACCGAAGCUCAAGUCGUUACUGUCGAUUUUGCUUUCAAUCACAAGCAAUUUACUGGUUUGGAAGGAUCCGAAGAUAUUGCAUUGUUGCAUGUCACUCCCAGUUUUGAAUUCAGUUCCAAGGUAAAACAAGUCGCUUUGCCCUACAAAAACGAAGUCUACAACAACGAAACAUCUGCUAACUAUGGUUGGGGUUUGGAUGAUCCCGAGGGUGUUCUGUUCGUCAACAAAUUGCAAGUUGCCAAAUCUGCAAUCUUGAGCCAAGAAGAGUGCAAAGAAUCAUUGCCUUCUGAUGCUCCUCUUACCAGCAAACACAUUUGCGUUAAAGUAGCUGCCUGUUACGGUGAUGGUGGUUCUCCUUUGGUUGUCGAACGUCCCGGUAAUGUUGCUGAAUUAGCUGGCAUCACCUCUUGGGGUUACUUGCCAUGUGGCUACAACAAUCGUCCCACAGUAUACACCGCUGUUUCCCAGUACGUUGAUUGGAUCGCUGAAGUUCAAUGGGCUUAUUAUGUUUUGCAUUAAAAUCGAAGCCGUAAAUCAUUUACUCAUUUAAACAAAUAAACAUUUAAAAGAGAGGAGAAACACCUCAAGAAAAAAAAUAAGAAAAUCAAA